GUUGUGAGUGACCCGAGAAAGGGCUAGGAGCGGUGAGUGGUAGCGGUGGUGGAGCGGCCACAAAGCCCAGCGAGCGAUUACCUUGUUCUCGGCUGCUGGUGAUACCGGCCCCGGGCAGAAAUGUCGAGGAGACGGCACAGUGACGAUAAUGACGGGCAACCUCACAAACGGAGAAGGACAUCUGAACCAAUUGAAAUUGAAGAUCGGUUGGAAUCUUUGAUAUGUCGUGUUGGAGAAAAGAGCACAUCCUCAUUGGAGAGCAACUUGGAAGGUCUAGCCGGAGUUUUAGAAGCUGACCUGCCAAACUAUAAAAGUAAAAUCCUAAGAAUACUUUGUGCUGUAGCACGACAGCUUCCUGAAAAGUUAACCGUAUACACAACACUGGUGGGGCUAUUAAAUGCAAGGAACUACAACUUUGGUGGAGAGUUUGUUGAAGCUAUGGUUAGACAACUCAAGGAAACUUUGAAAACAAAUUUAUACACCGAGGCAGUUUUUGCUGUUCGAUUCCUGUCUGAUCUUGUGAACUGCCAUGUGAUUGCAGCUCCUUCAAUGGUGGCAAUGUUUGAAAAUUUUAUUAGCGUAACACAAGAGGAAGAUGUACCACAGGUACGCUGUGACUGGUAUGUGUUUGCAGUACUCUCUUCUCUGCCCUGGGUUGGGAAGGAGCUGUAUGAGAAAAAAGAUGUAGAGAUGGAUCGAAUCCUAUUACAGAUUGAAAGUUUUCUGAAGAGACGUCAAAAGCAUCAUGUGCCGAUGUUACAAUGCUGGACUGCUGAACAACCUCAUCCACAGGAAGAGUACUUGGAUUGCCUUUGGGCACAAAUUCAGAAAAUGAAAAAAGAUCGUUGGCAGGAGAAACACAUCUUAAGGCCGUAUUUGGCAUUUGAUAGCGUACUCUGUGAGGCCUUGCAACACAACUUGCCACCUUUCACCCCACCACCUCACACAAAGGAUUCCAUCUAUCCUGUGCCACGAGUCAUUUUCAGAAUGUUUGACUACACAGAUGCCCCUGAGGGCCCAGUAAUGCCUGGUAGCCACUCUGUUGAGAGAUUUGUAAUUGAGGAGAAUCUGCAUUGCAUCAUCAAAUCUCAUUGGAAGGAAAGGAAAACAUGUGCUGCCCAGCUGCUUAGUUAUCCUGGAAAGAACAAGAUUCCUCUAAAUUACCAUAUAGUUGAGGUUGUCUUCGGAGAACUUUUCCAGUUGCCGUCACCUCCUCACAUUGAAGUCAUGUAUACAACACUGUUAAUUGAACUCUGCAAGCUGCAGCCUGGCUCUUUACCGCAGGUGCUUGCACAAGCUACAGAGAUGCUAUAUAUGCGGAUCGAUAGUAUGAAUACAAUUUGCAUAGACAGAUUUAUCAAUUGGUUUUCUCAUCAUUUGAGUAACUUUCAGUUCAGAUGGAGCUGGGAUGAUUGGUCUGAUUGUUUGGCUUUGGAUCCCGACCAAGCCAAACCAAAAUUUUUGCGUGAAGUGUUGGAAAAAUGUAUGAGGCUUUCCUAUUAUCAAAGGAUAGUGGAUAUUGUACCUGAGAACUUUGCAGCUCUGUUACCUGCUAAUCCACUGUGUAUUUACAAGUAUGGCGAUGAGAGCAACAGUUCUCUGCCUGGUUAUGCUGUGGCUGUCAAUGUCUGCAAUGCUAUUAAAAGCAAAGCAAGCAAUGAUGAAAUCUUGAGCAUACUCAAAGACCUACCAAAUCCUAAUCAAGAGGAUGAUGAUGACGAUGAAGGAUUCAGCUUUAAUCCUUUGAAGAUUGAAGUUUUUGUGCAGACUUUACUUCACUUGGCUGCCAAAUCCUUUAGCCAUUCCUUCAGUGCUUUGGCAAAGUUUCAUGAGAUUUUUAAGACUUUGGCUGAAGGUGAUGAGGGCAAGCUACAUGUACUAAGAGUCAUGUUUGAUGUUUGGAAGUGUCAUCCUCAGAUGAUGGCUAUGUUGGUUGAUAAAAUGAUCAGAACACAGAUUGUAGACUGUGCAGCAGUAGCAAACUGGAUCUUCUCUUCAGAAAUGGCACACGAUUUCACUAGGUUGUAUGUCUGGGAAAUUCUUCACUCCACCAUCCGAAAGAUGAACAAACAUGUACAAAAGGUCCAGAAGGAACUUGAAGAGACUAAAGACAAACUGGAUAAACAGCACAAAAGACGAGACAGUGAUGAUGACUAUGAUCAGAACAGUGAUGAAGAUGAAGAUGGUCCUUUGGAAGAACAGAUUGAACGUCUUCAGGAGAAGGUUGAAUCUGCUCAAAGUGAACAGAAAAACCUCUUCCUAGUAAUUUUCCAGCGUUUUAUAAUGAUCUUGACAGAACAUCUUGCAAGGUGUGAAACUGGUGGGAUUGAUUUUAACACACCUUGGUAUAAGAACUGCAUUGAACGUUUACAGCAAAUUUUCCUCCAGCAUCACCAAAUCAUUCAACAGUACAUGGUCACUUUGGAGAACCUGCUGUUCACAGCUGAGCUGGACCACCACAUACUAGCUGUCUAUCAGCAGUUCUGCGCUCUUCAGUAAUCACGAUUGUGUGCUGCAGUCGUAUUUUCCAAAUCCCACCUUUUUUUGGCACUUCUUUCAGUCUUUCAUCAAUGAGUACAAGCAACAUCCUUGUAUUGAUAAUACCUUUUCUGAAGCUUUUUUGCCUAAUUAUCUGUGAAAACCAUGGAGCAUGAAGAAAGUUGCCAUUCACAUUAGAAAGGAUUCCUCUCCUCAAAACAAACAAAUAGACUUUAAUAGUUAGAGACUGUAGAGGCUCAAGAGAUGAACAUACAUAAUUUGAUUUAAGUCUUUUGGAAUUGACCUAAGUUUUAAAUUUGCUUUGUACUUGGUCUGGUUUGGUUUUGGAUACAGUGUAAUACUGCAUCUUGCUAAUUAAUACCUGCUCCCUCCUUAUGAUCUACCUUCCAGUUAUACAUUUAAGUUGCAUGUUGUAACUUGUCUGAAAUUGUGCUCCUUGAUAGUAGACCAAAGUUUUGAAUUUAGACGUUGUAUUGUGUUCUUUUGGUUCUAGCAACAGCAAUAGGUAACUCUACUGAUAUCAAUGGGACUGAAUUUAUUUGGGAUACUGUCCUUUUUUUAAAAAAAUGAGAGGGUAUGCUGUUUUAAAAUUUUAUAAACCCAUCCAAGUCACACACAGUGGGAAAUGGAGAGAUGAAGCUACCACAUAGUUGAAAAAACUAAUUAAUAUUUUUUAUAAAUCUAAUGAAAGUGACUGAAGGCCGAUAGCAAUGUUGUAAUUUAUUGGGUCCGGUCACUGUUAAGCCAUCUGGUCGUAUUACAGAAGGUCAAGACCCCUUUUGACUGACCAAUUAGACUUGUACUUAAACAACCACCAGUUGGUCAUGUCUCAUAAAAAGGCUUUGGCUUGUAUCUGUAGCAGCAAUGAGCCUGAGGUGAAACUGGCGCUGUGUACAAAAGCAGAGUAUCUAUGCCCGAGCUAGUCCUUUAUACAAAUCACCAUUGCAAAAUGGGACUUGUUUCAUGAUCAACUAACCCCCUAACGCUGUGUUAUCUUUUUAUUCUUCAAAAUUCUCACCCUGCUACCAAUUCCCACAAAAUGCUAAUGUGACUUACUGAAAUGAGGGUAGAGCUUGUGUUUUAAGUCAUGAAGCUCUGAGCAAACUGUAUUAGCAAAUCAGAACCAACAAAUGGGUGAACCUCUUGGGGACUACAGGUUAAUUUUAUUGAAUUCAUACAUUCUUCCCAAACUGCUUUUCUUUCUUUAAACACCAGAUUGUAUAUAAAACGGGCUACCAUCCCUCGGGUAUAGUUUUGUUUUAAAACCCUGACAUCUGUCUAAUUCAAUAUUGAGCGAUCUGGCAAUACGUGUAUUCAGAGACAUUUAGUUUAGUAAAAUUUGAAUACUGCCAAGUAAAAGAUGACUUUGCAAUUUUGAUUAAAUUUUUGAAUAUUUUACAGAA